AUUUAUUAUAUUUAUCUAUAUAAUGAUGAGCAACAACGUUGAACUAAAAGAAAAGCUUUUGGAAGAACAUGAGAAUUGCCCAGGUUGUAAAGUAGAUCGUCAAAAGCAAGGACAAACCGGGUUACCCAUCAAGCAGCUCAUUAUUAUAUGGGUCGUCGUCUUGUGUGCUGCACUGCCAAUAUCAUCUCUAUUUCCAUUUCUUUAUUUCAUGAUAAGAGAUUUCAACAUCGCGGAUACAGAGGAGGACAUCAGUUACUAUGCAGGUUUUGUUGGAUCUGCAUAUAUGGUUGGAAGGGCGUUGACAUCUGUCUUUUGGGGAGUAGUUGCUGAUCGAUAUGGUCGAAAACCAGUUAUUAUUAUAGGCAUUACAUCAGUGGUUAUUUUCAACACAAUGUUCGGUUUUAGUGUCAACUAUUGGAUGGCUAUCCUUACAAGGUUUUUUCUUGGAUUUUUGAACGGGCUACUUGGACCAAUAAAGGCAUAUGCAUGUGAACUUUUUGGGGAAGAACAUCAAGCGCUAGGAUUAUCCGCUAUUAGUACAUCAUGGGGUAUAGGACUGAUUGUUGGCCCGGCAUUGGGAGGUUACCUUGCACAGCCUGCGGAGAAGUUUCCAGGUCUGGUAUCACCCGAUUCUUUAUUUGGGAGAUUUCCAUACUUAUUGCCUUGCCUUUGCAUCUCCAUUUUUGCACUUUUUGUGACCAUUGGCGGCGCAAUAUGGCUUCCGGAAACAUUGCACUUUCAUAAGAAGAGUGAGUUAGAGUCUGCUUCUUUUGUUCCCAAUGAGAUGGAUAAGACAGAUGAAAAGAAUGAUUCUAGUAUAAUGAGUCUCCUCAAGAACUGGCCAUUAAUGUCUUCUAUCAUUGUCUAUUGCGUUUUUUCACUUCAUGACAUGGCUUACACUGAGAUCUUUUCAUUGUGGGCCGUGAGUCCUAAAAAUUUGGGGGGCCUGAGCUUUUCUACUGAAGAUGUUGGCAUGGUUUUGUCUAUCACAGGGAUGGGCCUUCUCCUUUUCCAGACCAUAUUAUAUCCAAUUGCAGAGAGAUUUAUUGGCCCCAUCAUGGUGGCUCGCAUUGCGGGAAUCUUGUCUAUACCUCUACUCGCGUCUUAUCCAUAUAUAGCCCUGCUAUCGGGAGUCAUACUUAAUAUUACAUUAAAUUGUGCAUCGAUCAUGAAGAAUGUUCUAUCGAUUUCCAUCGUAACAGGGACAUUCAUGUUACAAAAUAAAGCUGUGGAACAACGCCAAAGAGGUGCGGCGAAUGGUAUAUCCAUGACUUUGCAGUCAAUAUGUAAAGCAAUCGGUCCAGCAUGUGGUGGAGCACUAUUGUCUUGGUCCCAAAAGAGACAAAAUGCCGCCUUUCUUCCUGGGGAUCAAAUGAUAUUUUUUCUUUUAAAUGUAAUAGAGGGAAUUGGUGUUCUUCUGACGUUCAAGCCAUUUUUGAUCUCAAACCAUUACUAGAAGACAGUACAACAAUCACGCUUGAACCUGAUUUCAUUCUCCUUAUUCUUUGUGAUUGUGACGAUUGUACGUGUGGACUCUAGUCGCGGACAUGAUAUAAGCCAAUAUCGUAACAGUGGAAAGGCCUCUAGUUUUGUCUUGAUGCUUGUGUUACUUUGCCUUCUUAUUGAUCAAUGUGUUGCUUUCAUAUGAUUAAAAGCUGUAAUGAUUUAUUGUAUAACAUUCUGUAGUAUAACUUCAUGUGAAUCAAUAUUAUUUAUAGUUGUAGAC